GUAACAACUUCAGUAAUUUACCCUUGCUCUUUCUUGCUUCUUGGUAUUCUUAUUUUUGAAAAGUUCUUUUCGUGGUUGCUGUUCUUGGUUCCUUCUCCUAAUAUUCGACUUGGGUUUAGGUUUUUGAUUUUGGAGGUAAAAGGAUCAUGGUUGGCUUUAAAAAUAGGUACAUGGUAAUGGAAAUUUUCUUGGAUCCAAAUCGGGACCUCAAUACUGACGAUCCGAUCAUAAUUACUCAAUUUAAUGUCUCAAAAGCAAUUAAAGAAAGCAUUUUGGUAAAUUAUGGGGAGUGUGGUUUGGCUUCAUCACUUGGUUCAUUCCAAGUCAAGUAUGUGAAUCCCAUCACAAAGCUAUGUAUCAUCAGAGCCUCACGAGAGGAGUACCAAAAGGUCUGGUCUGCAGUAACCAUGGUCAGAAGUAUUGGAAAUUGCCCUGUGUUAUUCAACUUACUAGACCUAAGUGGAAGUAUCAGAGCCUGCAAAAGAGCUGCCUUGAAGUGUGAUGAAGCGAAAUUUGAGCAGCAUAAGCUUGCAGUUGGAGACCAUUUAUCAGCUGAUGUUACCCUGCACAUGCAAAAUUGUCUUGAAAAGAUAAAGAUUUUGGAGCACUGAGAAUCGUAUCUGUAUAUCCUGGUUAUCAUGCUUUUGACUAAAUAUAACCUUUUGAUCUCAAUGAAUUGUCAUUUCUUUUGUUGUUGAAA